UAAAAAACUUGGAUGUAGGAGACACGGAGCCUAGAAAUAAAGAAAGAAUAAAUUAUCUCUUGGAGGGUCAAAUACAUGGUGAAAUAGCUAGACAGUGCAUGGAAGAAUACAAAAAAAUAACAGCGGAAAGUUUUAGUAAUGAAAAUCGUGUUAAAGAGAGAGAAAAAAGAGUUAAAAAUAAAAAGAUUUGGCAAUAUACUUUUAUAAAUAUUCAAGUUGGCAAAUCCUUUAAUCAGAAUAUUGGUGAUGAGGAGGAAAAGGUAUUAAGCCAGUAUGAGGAUAAACUUGCUAAAACUGUUGAAAGCCUUACUCGGAGACCAGUAAAGUUUGAAACGAGAGA